AUGCACUUGGGGGCUUCAUGCAUGGACGAUCUGGGUGAGGGCUGCUCAUUACCCCAGCCCCAGAGGCCUGGCACCCAGGGACCAACCAUCCUUGGGUCUGAGGUGCUCCCUGUACCCCUGGACAGCAGGUGGCUGGUAACAGACUCCUGUGUUGACACUGUGCGACCCGGUGAUGCCCACAGCGCUGUCUUCUGUUUCGGGGCCCUGGGUCAGGUUCCUGUGAACUCCCGCCAGGUGUCAUGGAGGAAAGCCGCGGACGGGUGGGACAGCGUGAGGGCCAAGCGGGAGGCGCACGUGUCCUGGCCCCCUGCGUUGACCGUGCUCUUGGUGCGCUCUCCGGUGCUCUGCUCCUCGCAGAGGUCUCCAUGGACCCCAGCGGGCGUCAGUAAAUUGGGCAGCUCGCGAUGCACCGAAGCAGAGGUGAUCGAGUCCCUGGGCAUCCUCAUCUACAAGGCCCUGGACUAUGGCCUGAAGGAGAGCGAGGAGCGCGAGCUAAGCCCGCCACUGGAGCAGCUCAUCGACCUCAUGGCCAACACGGCCGAGACUGACGGCAGCCACGAUGAGGGCUACGGGGCGGCGGACGAGGGUGCUGAGGACGAGGAUGAGGCCCAGCGGCGGCCCGGGGCCAUCUUCUCCUACCGCGAUGUCAUGAAGAUGUGUGCCGCUCAUCUCCCGGCCGAGUCGGAGGCAGCGAAUCACUAUCAGGCUGUGUGCCGCGCCCUGUUCGCGGAGACCAUGGAGCUCCACACGUUUCUGACCAAGAUCAAGAGUGCAAAGGAGAACCUUAGGAAGAUACAGGAAAUGGACCAGAGCGAUGAGUCCCAUACCGACCUGGAGGAGCUGAAGAAUGCGGACUGGGCGCGCUUCUGGGUUCAGGUGAUGAGGGACCUGCGCAACGGGGUGAAGCUGAAGAAGGUGCAGGAGCGGCAGUACAGCCCGCUGCCCAUCGAGUACCAGCUCACGCCCUACGAGAUGCUGAUGGAGGACAUCCGCUGCCGGCGCUACACCCUGCGGAGAGUGAUGGUGAACGGCGACGUCCCCCCGAGGUUGCGGAAGAGCGCCCACGAGAUCAUCCUGGACUUCAUCCGGUCCCGGCCGCCUCUCAAUCCAGUCUCAGCCAGAAAACUGAAGCCCACCCCACCCCGGCCACGCAGCCUCCAUGAGAGAAUCUUAGAGGAGAUCAAGGCAGAAAGGAAGCUACGGCCUGUCUCACCCGAGGAGAUCCGCCGGAGCCGGCUCGCAACACGGCCACUUAGCAUGUCUCACAGUUUUGACUUGUCAGAUGUGACCACGCCAGAAUCUCCAAAGGGCCUCCGAGAGCCGUCACAGGUGAACGGGGACUCACUGUCACCUGCAGAGCCCGGGAGGAGCGGGCCGAGCCCCACUGGGCUGGCGCCUGUGGUGCGGAAGAGGCUCCUCAAGGCUCCGACGCUGGCCGAGCUGGACGGCUCUGACUCCGAGGAAGAAGCCCCGCGCAAGUCCAGCAGCAGCAGCAGCAGUGUGUCUCCUUCCCAGCUUGAGGACCCCGUCCUGGAGGCCGCGUGCACAAGGAAGAAGCCUCCGAAAUUCCUACCCAUAUCCUCCACGCCCCAGCCGGAGAGGCGGCAGCCACCACAGAGACGCCACUCCAUCGAGAAGGAGACGCCCACGAACGUGCGGCAGUUCCUGCCCCCGUCCAGGCAGAGCUCCCGCUCUCUUGUUCCUAGGACAACCAGUGUAUGGCCAAGGACACCUUUCCGACCACUUUUCUCUACCAUACACACAGCUUCUCUGCUCGGCUCCCACCCUCUGGAAGCGGCCGUGUUUGGGGUGGCAGGGGCUGUGUAUUAUCUGUGUGAGAGAGCUUUGGCCAGCAGGUGGAGACCCGCACAGGAGGAAUUCUGCUACCCAGUGGAGUGCCUGGCACUCACCGUGGAGGAGGUGAUGCACAUCCGGCAGGUGCUGGUCAAGGCCGAGCUGGAGAAGUACCAGCAGUACAAGGACGUCUACACCGCCCUGAAGAAGGGGAAGCUCUGUUUCUGCUGCAGAACCCGGAGGUUUUCCUUCUUCACCUGGUCAUACACCUGUCAGUUCUGUAAGAGGCCCGUGUGUGCGCAGUGCUGCAAGAAGAUGCGGCUGCCUUCCAAGCCAUAUUCCACACUCCCGAUCUUCUCCUUGGGACCUUCUGCCUUGCAGAGAGGGGACAGCGUGCCGUUGGAGAAGCCCUCUGCUGGCCACCAUCGGCCGCUGCGGAGCAUUGCCAGGUUCUCCUCAAAGUCUAGGUCUGUGGACACAGUGGAUGAGGAGCUCCAAUUCCCCAAGGAGCUCAUGGAGGACUGGAGCGCCAUGGAGGUGUGUGUGGACUGCAAGAAGUUCAUCUCUGAGAUCAUCAGCUCCAGCCGGCGCAGCCUGGUGCUGGCCAACAAGCGAGCCCGGUUGAAGCGGAAGACGCAGUCUUUCUACAUGUCCUCUCCGGGCGCAGCAGAGUUCUGUCCCUCAGAGAGGCCCAUCAGCGAGGUCUGAGGCUCCACCGCGCUGUCCUCCAGGGGUGACGCGGGACAGCCAGGCAGGAGUGGCCGGUGAGGCUGGUAUUGGCGUGUGUGGAUGGGAGGCCAGGGGCUGUGUCCUGUGCAGGUUCCCUGCGGCCCCCUGAUGUGUCCCUGACCAGGGUGCGAAGCUUCUCAGGUGAGAAGUCAGCCUGCGGCUGCUGUCACACAGCCCGCAGCAGUAAGUCACAUUGGCACCCCGCGCAGCAGGGCCCUUCCUGAUGCAUGCCCGCACCCUGCACCCUCGCUGAUACUGCCUGGCCCGCGAGGUCCAGGCCGUGCUCGUGCAGAGCCACUGGCCCCACAGUGUCCCCAGCUGUGCAGGCCAGGCCCUGCCCUGCAUGUAUUACCACUACUAACUGUGGUGUGGUGCGGCGGCUGGCGUUUGU